AAGCGGAAUCAAUGCAGGGUUUUUCAUUCCUUGUUAAAUCUCUUCACUCCUCACUUUUAUCUCGUCGUUUGGAAAUAUUUCCCUGUCUAUCGGAAUCGAAUUGACUGCCAUGACCGACGGACAUCUCUUCAACAACAUCUCCCUCGGCGGCCGAGGCGGCACGAAUCCUGGACAGCUUAAAAUUUUUUCAGGAGGUAUUUUAUGGAAGAAACAAGGAGGUGGUAAAGCAGUAGAAGUUGAUAAAUCUGAUAUAUUAGGGGUUACAUGGAUGAAAGUCCCUAGGACAAAUCAACUUGGUGUUAGAAUCAAAGACGGGUUGUACUACAAGUUCGCAGGAUUUCGUGACCAGGAUGUUGUUAGUUUGACCAAUUUUUUCCAGAAUAAUUGUGGAAUAACACCAGAAGAAAAGCAGCUUUCUGUCAGUGGGCAUAACUGGGGAGACGUUGAUUUAAAUGGGAAUAUGCUUACCUUUGUGAGUGGUUCGAAACAAGCUUUUGAAGUGUCAUUAGCAGAUGUAUCACAAACUCAGCUUCAAGGAAAAAACGAUGUCAUCUUGGAGUUCCAUGUGGAUGAUACAACUGGAGCUAAUGAGAAAGACUCCCUUAUGGAGAUAAGUUUCCACAUACCUAAUUCUAACAUCCACUUUGUUGGUGAUGAAAAUCGUCCACCUGCUCAAGUUUUCCGUGAAAAGAUCAUGUCAGUGGCUGAUGUUGGUACUGGAGUUGAGGAAGCUGUUGUCACUUUUGAGGGCAUUGCAAUCCUCACACCAAGGGGUCGGUAUAGUGUUGAUCUGCAUCUGUCAUUCUUGCGGCUCCAAGGACAGGCUAAUGAUUUCAAAAUUCAGUAUAGCAGUGUUGUGCGCUUGUUUUUGCUUCCAAAGUUCAACCAGCCUCAUACUUUUGUUGUUGUUACACUGGAUCCACCCAUCCGUAAAGGGCAAACUUUGUACCCUCAUAUUGUCUUGCAGUUUGAAACUGAUUAUGUAGUUGAAAGCACCUUGUCCAUAAAUGAAGAUCUUUUGAAUUCAAAAUACAAAGACAGGUUGGAACCAUCUUACAAGGGACUUAUUCAUGAGGUGUUUACCACAAUAAUGCGUGGUUUAUCUGGGGCCAAAGUUACCAAACCAGGAAAAUUCCGUAGCUGUCAAGAUGGUUACGCCGUCAAGUCGUCACUGAAAGCUGAAGAUGGUGUCUUGUAUCCACUUGAAAAGAGCUUUUUUUUUCUACCCAAGCCUCCUACACUUAUUCUUCAUGAAGAGAUUGACUAUGUUGAAUUUGAGAGGCAUGCUGCUGGUGGCUCUAAUAUGCAUUACUUUGAUCUUCUCAUAAGAUUAAAAACUGAGCAAGAACAUUUAUUCCGGAAUAUUCAGAGAAAUGAAUACCAUAAUUUGUUUGACUUUAUCAGUUCAAAGGGCUUGAAGAUAAUGAAUCUUGGAGAUGUACGGACUGCGGAUGGUGUGGCCGAGAUUCUUCAAAAUGAGGAUGAUGAUGCAGUUGACCCACAUCUUGAACGCAUUAAAAAUGAAGCUGUUGGGGAUGAAAGUGACGAGGAGGACGAGGACUUUGUUGCAGGAAAGUCUGAUGAGGGUUCUCCAACUGAUGAUUCCGGGGAGGACGAAUCUGAUGCUAGUAAAAGUGGAGAUGAGAAAGAGAAACCUGCCAAGAAGGAACCACCACCCAAGAAGGAAGCUGGUGCAGCGUCUUCUUCUUCUUCGAAAGCAAGUAAGAAGAAAGGUAGAGAGGGACAAGAUGAUGGAAAGAAGAAGAAGAGGAAAAAGAAGGAUCCGAAUGCACCGAAGAGGGCGUUGUCGGGUUUCAUGUUUUUCUCGCAGGUGGAGAGGGAGAAUGUGAAGAAGAGUAAUCCGGGAAUGUCAUUUACAGAGGUGUCUAAAAUAAUGGGAGAGAGGUGGAGAAAGCUGUCAACGGAGGAGAGAGAACCAUAUGAAGCAAAGGCUCGAUUAGAUAAGAAGCGAUAUGAUGAUGAAGAAGGGGAUAAUCAUCCUCAGCCGAUGAACGUUGAUUCUGGAAACGAGUCCGACUGACCAUCUCCACUUCAACAGUUAGUCGAUU